AUGUCCUCGACUUCUGAGUACAAACGACGCACGAUGGACAACACGUUUGGCUCUGGUUCGCCCGAGGAAUGGAGCCAAAGGAUACAAAACCUCCAAAAGCAAGUCGAUGAGGACGGUCUGCAGGAGCAACAGCGUUUGGAAGCCGAAAUUGCCCGCUCUAGGAUGGAGCGGGCGAAGCGGAGGAGUACAUUGGCCACCCCGACGAGGAUCGAUCCAGCUUCGGUUAGUCAACUCUCAACGGCUCUAGAUGAUUCACAUCGCGAUACGGAUCGCCAAAGCGCGUUGCGGCGUCUCACGGGAGAGACCGAUGUUGCUGAACGAGAGCGAGAAUCAAGGGAACCUGCGAGCUCAUCAAGCGGAACUGCACCAACAGGUGCAAAGGCUGUGUCUCUGGCCGAAUUCAUGGGUGGACGGGCCACAGGACCACGGCUGAACCGCCACGCGCCUCAGGCAGAUACAGAGGAGUUUGUGCGAGAGUAUGAAGAGAGAAAGCGAAACGCAUCUUCUGCUCCUUUACUCCAACGAGUUGCGCCUCCAUUUGCCCUUCCUGGAUUAGCAAAGGAUUCACCCAAAUCCUCGGAGGCUCCGAAAGACAUCAAACAACCAGGUGUACCCAGCGUAUCAUCGUUGUCAACACAACCCCGCUCCGCGUCAAUCCAGCCAUCUUCAUCUCCCCAAGCAGAAGCUGAAGAGCCAUCGAGGACGAGUAUGUUGAGCUCCUCCAUCUCAGCUGGCUAUAUAUCGCCCAAAGCUUCGGAACAAGCGGCACGAUCCUCUACGCCAGUGAAAACACUUAGUCCCGUCUCAAGCCCUCCAGCUAAUCCAGUGACUGCGAGAUGGACUGCCGCGGUUAAUACGACACCCACCAAAUCAUCUAGUGUGUCCAGUUCUCCGCCUUCCAACUCGCAGCCCCGUAUGAACAUGCUUGCAAGGCCACUAUCACAGCCAGCGACUCCACCGGUUCAGCAGUUUAUUCCUGCUACGAACCCAUCUCCUGCAUUCCUGAAACCCCCACCACCAAAGGAAGAGCGGCCGAGUAUUACAAGACUCCAAGGCCGAGGUUUUGUGGAGAGACAGGUCAAGGCAUCUGCUAAACUGUCUACAACUAUUGAAGAAACCCCUAAACCCGUGCGUGUGUCUGGAGAAAAGAACAAGGUUCUACAACGCUGGCCUGGCGAAGGAGGAGCAUCGGGUGCAAUUCCCGAGAGACGUGAAGAUAUACCGAAACGAGAGUUCGCCCGUUCACUGCCGGCUAAUCCUGUAGUUCGAGCUCACGAACCCGUUCCAUCGAUCAAUACUCCCUUGAGUAUCAAAUCUGUAAAGGAGCGGACAAAGGAGUUCGACAAGACUCCGGUAAAGCUCCCUGGUAUUGGUGGGGCUGGCCCUCCAAGCAAGCUAGUCAGACCACCAGUUGGAUCUCAAGAUAGCAUUGUCGCUAAUCCUGGCGCGGUUCCCCGGCGGCUGCCUGGACUCGCAGCUGAUUCUGCAACUUCAAGUGCCAUGAAGAAACCUUCGUCGUCUACAUCCUUACUAAGAGAAGUCACUCGACGCAGGAGUGUUCACUUCGACGACCUGGAUAAACCCAACGACGACGAGACCCCAGCGAUAGCUGGUGGCCAUCAGACAGAUGUGUCUAAUUCCAAGAAGCUCACCCAUCUUACCAAAGAUCGUGUCCGGAAGCCCCGCAAAGGGCGUGAACCGGCGAUCGUAUCUCAAACGCAUGUAGAAGACGAGGAAAAACAUACUCAAUCUGAACCAGUGGGCUCGAAUGUCGUCCAAAAUCCCCCCUCAGUCGACAGACCAACCACAAUAGCGCCGGCUGAAGUCAUGAUUCCCCGCAGUUCUCCAUCUGUCAAGUCACCGACCCAAAAUUUAUGGUCAGCUGCCUCAGAUUCCGAGAGGUCCUCACGCUCCAGGCAACCACCUCCACUUAUUGCACCUAAACCAAUGGCUCUUAGAAGAAACUCGCAACAGUCCCCUGCAGAACAGAGCCCCGCAGCUACGCCCUCGGAGCAAUCAAGUGCUUUUCGAACUCGCUCUGCUCCUCCUCCGUCCAACAGCAUAGCUUCUAGCCCCCCACCAGGCCGCAUCACAUCUUCACCUGAUUCUGAGCUUGUGCAAAGGGGGAGUGUAAGAAGUGCCAUUCUGAACUGGGGCCAGGAGCAGCAGACAAAGCCAACGACUGAGAGAUCCAGCUCACUACUGGAGGAGGUCACGCAAGUGAAGGAUCAGGCACGAAGCGAUCCACUUCCUACUCAAGAAGAAAUGGAAACACAAGAACACCAACCUACCGUUCCCCCAGUGCUAAACCCACCAACAUUGCCGUUGCCGCAACCUCGGCCCCGUCCUCUGAGUCAGUCGUCCGAACGGCGAAGGUCAAUCACGCAGAGGUACUCAUCUAUUAUGCUGCCUGCCUUGAAGGAGGAAAAGACGCCAGUUCCGACACCCGAGGGAUCCCUGAAGAUUGCCCCCAACGGUCCCGGAAAUGUAGCACCAAGUGUCCAAGACAUUCACCAGUCAUUGAUGAAGACAGUAGAUAAAGAGGAAACGAGCAAGUUGGAGAUUCUACAGAUUCCAGAUACUAAAGAGGACCUGAGCAAGGCUCGGGCAAGUGGCAAAAGCCCAGUUUCUCCACAAGACAGCCUCGUCCACAUCACUGAUGACCCAAAUCCACCAAUUCCAACCUUUAGCUUGAGCCGAUUACUGGCGCCACUGCCCGGAAGUGCCAAAGGUUCUCUGGGAGAUGUGAUCUCGAUUGAAGCCUUUCUGAUUUCCGGUACCUCAUCUACGGCAAUCAAGGAUUCUAUCCAUGUGGUCUACGAUCAAGAAAUCCUGGCGUUUGUGUCAAGAAAGAAGAACAGGACUUCCGGGCUUGUCGCGACUACUGUUUGGGCUUGGGUCGGGUCAAGGGCCUCUUGUGGUGAAAAGGAAGAGGGCAAAUUACAGGAAGUUGCUUCACGAUUCAACACGACUCUAAUCAAAGUACCUCAAGGCAAGGAGCCAUUCGAUUUGGUUCAGAUCUUGGGGGGAAUCAUUGCCAUACGCCACGGGGCUCGUUCACGGUGGUCGAAAGAAAAUACUGCACUUCACUGCGUUCGAACUCACGGGAGCAACUGUAUCACUAUCGAGGAAGUUGAGCUAGUAUCUCGCAACGUUUGUUCGGCGUUCACCUUCUGCCUUUCUGUCCUGGACGCGGUCAUCAUCUGGCACGGUCGAGGUGCGCUUCUUGCGGAAAGAGAAGCGGCGAAAACAUACGCUGGAACAUUGGUCUCUGAAGGAAUUGUUCCGACAGAAAUGGAAGAAGGACGUGACGACGAGAUGUUCUGGGCCAUGAUGGAUGAUGCCGGAUAUGCUAAUGCGGAUUAUUGGAAGUUUAGGGACCAAAGCCAGCUCUUCGUCCCCCGCCUCUGGAACAUUGCAAAUGAUGCUUUACAUCCAGUGGUUCCAUUCUCCGCUACUGACCUGCGGGAAGACGCUAUAUACAUGUAUGAUGGUGUCUUUGAACUCUUUGUCAUCGUAUGCCAAGGUGCGAGGGGUCGACGACAGGACAUUCGGUUGGCGCUCGCUGCUGCCGAAAGCGUGGCUGCUGCCUCCGCCGUCACGAGAUUCUUCCCUCCACCCGUACACGUCUUGAUUUUGCCGACGAGAAUACCUCUCGACCUGCGCGCUGGCUUCCGCCUGAUGGAUCUACGUGAUUCGGAAGAGGCGCUCAAUCCUGACCAUAUCAACCUUUUGACCUUAGCAGAGGCACAGGAACAGCUGGGCCGUCGGCAGUGGUCUGCUCGGAAGUUACGCGACCCUCAGUUCCUCCCAUUAGGCAUUUCGCCAGACAUGAUUCCCAAAUAG